ACAGCUACCGGACGUGAAGGUACAUUGUAUCGAAAGAGAUUUUAACUUUGAGAAAGUUUACGCCGCUUUAAGGCGCGAAUCUAGGCAGUCAUGCCGCGGAAAGUAUUAUUAUUUUUGUGGUGUAUUGCAUCAGGUGUCGUGUUUUCGUCCGGGGCAGACCCAGUUGUAUACAGCAUUGAGCCCACUUAUGGUAGUCUUGCAGGGGGUACCAUGGUCUUUGUACAUGGGAGAGGUUUUGCAAAUGAUCAGUUUAAUUUUCAUGAUCCAUUACUGGGAAACAAAAUACUGUUCAAAUCAGAUAAACAUCAGGUGGAAUGUCAUAUAACACCUACAGAUGUGUCCGAAAAAAGAAUUGGCUGCGAGACUGAACCAUCACCAACAGCUACUGAUGGUGAAUACGAACUGGUGAUGUUUGUAAAUGGAGUAUUGGUAACAAGGUAUUGCGGGCGUCGUCAGAAAUGCACAUUCCAGUUUUACAUAUGGAGAACUCCGACCAUCGAUGAUUUCAGUCCUCGGGCUGCAACACCAGGAACACCCGUUCAAAUCUUUGGAAAAAUUCAUACCACCCAAUUCAGCCGACUUUCUCCUGGAUUUUCACCUGAUAACAAGGAAAUUACAAGAGUCUACGUUGGUCUUGAAUGCAAUCCUUUCAACGACGAGACAAACGAAUUGUUUGGAGCGGAAAUAGAUGACUGUGGUUGGACUCCGAAUUGUCGUGGCUCAUUUCAGUGUUUACCGAAAACACGUACUCCUGGCUCCCACACGGCUUCUUAUUUGGUUUCACUACUUGGAAGGUCAAAAGUGAAUAAGGACUUGUGGCGCGUAGAUGGAAAUCAAGAGUUAUAUCUCUAUCAAACACAUUCAGAUAUUCAAAGCAUCUCGCCGUCUUCUGGUAGUCUUCUAGGCGGGACCGUUAUAACAAUUGGAGGAGUAGGUUUUAGCGAAAUCGCCAAAAACGUCAAAGUUUUUGUUGCAGGAGUUGAAUGUGAAGUUUUAUCGUCGAGUUUGACGCAGAUCAAAUGCCGAACAGGAGCAAGAAAGGAAGUAAGAAGCAACUACCCAGGGUCUCGUGGUCUGCUUCGUGAAAUCUGGACCGCAACCGUGAAGUCCAACUUACCAGACAUUGCUACCCUUGAAUCGUCUGCCGCUGACUAUCACUUUGAGUACUUGACUGAAAGUAGCUUACCAGAAAUUGUGUCCUGGGAAAGAACUUCCGGUUAUAGCGCCAGGGUGACUGGUUAUUUCGUGCCGUUUCAAGAUGACGUGUAUAGGUUCGGUAUCCUAUCAGAUGAUGCCAGCGAGUUAUAUCUUAGUUUGACAGGGGACCCCGCUGGCAAGACGAAGAUUGCGAGUUGUUCAUCAGCAACAAGUAACUGGAACAGUAACAGCGUACAGGAGUCUGAACCGAUCUCAUUGGAGGCAGGCAAGCAGUACUAUAUUGAGGCAUACCACAAUGACUAUAGUGGUGGCCAUCACAUGAAAAUCCGAGUAGGCAUGGAGAAGACUCAACACACCAACGCUGAAGUUACUGCUGCAAGAGAUGAAAAACAAAAAAUCAGGAUCAGUUCGUCUGUGCUCUGGGAUAAACAGAUUUUGGACUUCACUACCUGGAACGAAGAUGAGAGAGUUUGCGAAGUGCAACGCCUUUCUCUUCAGCCAUUGCAGUGCGUGGAAACUAACAUCACAUCUUGUAACAAUACUAGUGAUAACUUCACGUUGUCCUACCUUGAUGAGAGGAUAACUUUGUCCUUAAAAGACACCAGUAGCUCGAUACUGGCGCAAAGAUUGAAUGAACUGAAUGUCUUUAAGGACCGGGGUAAAAUUAACGUCACUGCUGCUAAUGUGACGGAAGGAAAUGCCACAGUGUUCGUCAUUUGGUUCUGCUUCAAAGAUCCGCGAGGAAUCGAACUGUUGAACGGAACUACACAAAGUGACCAAACCCUGGACUUAAGUAUAACUCGCGAAGUGAAGGGACAGUCCGCCAAAGAUUUUCAGCUUUUUAUUGGUGGUGUACCAUCCAUUGUUUUGAAGCCAAGUUCCAGUAUUGAUAAGAUCGAGAAAGCUCUUAAACGCUGGUUCUCUGUUGAAUGCGAAGAAUCUUCCUUGGCCGGGCGUAUCUUUUAUAAAGACUACGAGGGAGACAAUAUUUUCGGAGGUGAGACUGGUGAAAGAUUUUCCGAUAUGCAAGCGUUUUGCGGAAGAAAGGCCUUAAAGAAUCCAUCAGUUCUAUGGAAAGCUGAUUACUCGGCAUAUUUGAAUGACUUCCUUCAAAGUGCAUAUCCAGUCUCUAGGUACAAAUGGUUUUGCUUCGCCUACAAAGGGCCUAUAAAAGAGCAAGUGAGCUUUCGAGUGAAAUACCGAGAUAGUGAUAAUGAAGAGAGAUACUCGACACGCUUGUACAGCUUCAUUAGAAGCUCCGCGCAUCUCUCUAUCUGGGGAUUUUCAUGUAUAGAUGUCUGGUCAAAGAUCAACGAGGACUUUGGAGAUCAGGCAAUGAGUGUCGAAAUGUACAGAAUUGAAAUCAGCCGCCUUGAUGGAUCUGACGAAGAUGUGUUCGUGGAUAAUGUGUGGAUUGGUAAAAAUCAACUAUUAGUGAGACCGGUGAGCAGUGGUGCCAUGCCCAAUGGUUUUAUCAUCAAGGACUACAAAAUAGAGAAGACUACAGAGACGAACUGGACUAUCUCCCUCCUCCCCGCAAAUUGCGGCUCCCCUAUGCCGCUCUUUUCCGUCGUAGAGCACACCGGGAAUGAGAACGGUAGCCCUGAUGAUGUCACCUAUACUACGCCGGGCCUCAACUCCAGUGUCCGAGUAAGAAGGGUCCAAGAAGCCUCACCUCCAAUCGAAGGAAUGUUUGACAUCGAGUAUAGAGGAAAUGUUAUUAAGGACAUUCCAGUCAACAUAACUGCAAUGCGACUCCAAGAUCUUCUGGAGCAGGAGUUUGAGGAAGGUAUAAUUGAAGUUGAACGAUCUGGGCACUGUGCAGAAUUUGAAUGGACUUUCACAUGGAAGAGUCACGGAGGUAAUCAUCCAGAAGUCAAGGUCAACGACAGCAAACUCACUGGUGUGCAAGUCACCACAACAGUGACUACCAUUCAAGAUGGCGGCUUAUUUAUGGAUCCAAUCCCUGGUGAAUUCUUACGAGUGCCGUCGAACCAAACUCAGGUUGUGGUCGUGGUGAACGAAAUCACAGGAUCGUGUUCGGGCAACAACUGCACUUUUGAGUAUUCCGCAGACCAAACGCCGACGCUGACGUCCAUAUCACCGGACUCUGGUCCCGGCGGCCCCGAUGGCACUGGGACAGAAAUCACUUUGGGUGGCACAGGAUUCUCCUCUAACAAUGACGACAAUAUUGUAACGAUAGGUGGCUCCACCUGUGUCAUCAUCAGCAGCAGUACUGGCAGCAUAACCUGUCGAGCAGACUAUGGACCCGGUGGAAAACACUUAGUUGAGGUCCUAGUCAAAGGCAAAGGUCUUGCAGACAACACUCAGCUACUUAACUUUACCUACGUCAUUAGUGCUACGGCAGUUAAUCCGGCCAGUGGCAGUAAAGCCGGUGGACAGUUGAUCACCAUUUCUGGCAGUGGCUUCGGAUAUAAGAAAGAAAAUGCGUCAGUAUCGCUUGACGGUUCCCCUUGUGAUAUUCUUACCAUCACAAUGUCCCAGAUCACAUGUAGAACCUCUGCACAUUCAGCGGGAAUAGUUUCUGUAGACAUUUCAGUCGAUGACAGUUCUGUCACUGUUUCAGAUGCAUUUGAAUACGACUCGUCUCUCACCAUUGACGUCACCAGCGUAAGCCCGCUUCAAGGCAGUGUCAGCGGAGGAGAGAUAAUUACCAUUUCUGGUACCGGUUUUUUGAACGAGACCAGCGUGCAAGUAGGAGAUCAAAAUUGCGUGAUUCAGUCCCGUAUUGGGGUAGAAAUCACUUGCCUUGUUCCACCUCAUGCUCCAGGAAAGUUUGCUAUUCGGCUUUUCACAUCAGGAAAAGGUUUUGCGUCGAUCCCUACUGCAUACAGCACUUACGAAUACCUACUCGAGGUCCAUUCUAUUUUCCCUCUGAUUGGCUCGGUUGCAGGCGGAACACACGUUACUAUAACCGGAAGGGGCUUUGGGUCUAACGUGUCACGUGCUGUCGUUACUGUACAAGGCAGACCAUGUCGAGUCAUGUCAUGUAAUGAUACGCAUGUUGUAUGUAAAACAACGAAUAUUUUUCAAACUGCGGAAGUCGACAACAGUGGACGUCAUCCGGAGUUUGGACUUGGAUAUGAAUGGUCACCGAAACACGUGACUUGUUACCAAGGCGACACGGUGAAGUGGAGUUGGGCCGGUCAGGAACUUUCCAAGGCUGUAUUCAACGUCUUUCAAACGAGAGAUUCUUCCUCAGUUCAGUACGAUGGGUCAGGUUUUCAUAGCAAUGCUCUCUCCAAGACUGGAAGUUUCAGUCAUAGGUUCUUGGACACAGGAGUGUACUUCUAUGCCGGAAGCGGAUCUGUCACUAUGAAAGGCAUUGUCAAAGUUCUGUCAUUCAGAACUCAGAGCGGACCAAUAAAAUUCGUACUUGAUGGUUUUGAAGCAAUGUAUAAUUUAACCUCAUCUUCAGUCCCCUCUACGACAUGCGAGUCUGGUAGGACAGAUAGUUUUCCAGAGUGCAAUUCCUCUCAGGCAGCUCAGAACCCUGGAGACGAUGGCUAUUACUUUACUUACUCAGAAUGUAACACGCCCAAGGUGUCCUCGGUGACGCCCUCCAAUGGCACGAGCAACACGAUAAUAACAAUAAAUGGCCGUGGUUUUAGCAACGACUCGUGCCACAACAAAGUAAAGUUUGGCUCUCAUGUCUGUGAUGUGAUUUCAUCUAGCGAGACAGAGAUCACUUGCAAACUAAACACAGCGAGUUUUCCCGUUGCUGGUGUACCACUCGAUGUAUCUGUUAGGGUACUAAACCGCGGCUACGCUUUUGUCCGGGCAGAUGUAGGUGAAGCAACUCACUUUGUGUUGAAGCCGACCGUUACGGCCCUCUCACCAAAGACCGGGUCUCAAGCGGGAGGCACACAGCUCACGAUAACAGGCGAUGGAUUUAGUAACACUAACAAUAACAAUAUUGUUCUUAUAGGCUCAACAGAAUGUUAUGUUAUGACUGCAUCAUUUGAUAAAAUAGUCUGUACGACCCGAGCAAGUACUGAAGAAGCACAACUAGUCUCAGUGACAAACAAUGGUGAGACAAGCGUGUGCGUUGCCGCUGACCUUACGGACUGCAAGUACACGUUUCAAGCUGAUAGAACACCAGUAGUAACUAUGGCGACUCCUGCUAAAAUAAUCAGCCCAGGGACAGAAUUUCGCUUCCAGAUGUCACAGCCUCCGUCUAGAGCUCUAGACGUGACGGUAACAAUAGGAUAUGAAGAUUGUGGUGUAACAGAAGUCGCGUCACAACUAGUUAAGUGUGUUCUUCCCGGAAUCGUCUUUGGAAAUCACACAGUGACUCUUCAUGAAUCCGGAAAAGGAUUCGCCCAGUUCAAUGGUGCUCAAGACUUAAUUGUAAGUGAGGCGAUCGUGUCAAGUGUUACCCCGACACAAAGUAGCCAAAAUGGAGGCCUAACCAUCACGAUAACAGGAAAUGGGUUUAAUCCGACACCAGGUAGAACUAGCGUCGCCAUUGGAGGAGAAAUAUGCGAGAUAGUCACGGUAACGUAUGGGGAAAUCCAGUGCGUGACACCACCUCAUUCUUCCAGUAACGCAGUAACCCUUCAAGUCACCGUCGAGUCUGAAGGCACCUCACUGGAUUUUCCGCCAAAAGACAUUGCAUAUACUGGGGACGCUACCCCUGUACUGAUUUCCCUUUCAACAUCCACUGGGAAAGGUGGGGAUAUCUUGACCAUCUACGGGAGUGGCCUGGAUGCCUCGCCCCCUGGCAGCGCGGUCCGAGUUCACAUUGGAGAUGUACCAUGCGCAGUGAUUAGCUCGGAAGAAGGAAGUGUAGAGUGUACGCUGGCAGCUCACGCUGCUGGCUCAUACGAUGUCGACGUGCUGGUUCCGGGAAAAGGACGAGCGUCAUCUGGGCUUUCCUUCACGUACAGUCUACAUUUAGCGAGUGUCACCCCUAAUGAAAGCGGCUACGGAGGUGGACGAGUUCUUGUUUUCCAAGGUUAUGGCUUUGAUCCAUCUGCACAAGUAAGAAUCUGUGGGAACGUGUGUAUUCUUUCUCCGACCCACGUCACGACAACCACGGAAUUGGCCUGCGAAGCACCAAGUCAUGUUUUGGACGUUACUGAUACAAUAUGCAACAUAAAAAUGGCUUUGAACGAUUUAAGUUCGAACAUUGGCAUGGGAUUUACUUACAAAGUGGCAUUGACCUCCCAAAUAGCUUCUGUCACUCCACCCCGUGGAGGAACAGGUGGAGGAACCACGCUCACAAUACAAGGCUCAGGAUUCAGUAAUACCCAAAGCGAUAAUGUUGUCACCAUAGAUGGCACUGAAUGCACGGUUACUUUCGCAAAUUCCACAGUCAUCCUUUGCAAAACUGGACCUCAUAGCAAGACCAUUGAGACUAAAGUUCGAGUGGAGGUUGGAAACAAUGGGAAGGCAAUAGAUGAAGCAGCAUAUUUCUUCUACGUCGACGUAUGGUCAUCGCAAUUUACAUGGGGCUACAAUAACCCCCCUGAAGCAGGUACUUUCGUGACAAUAAAGAAGGGACAGACGAUUAUGUUAGAUCAAGACACACCGGUUCUAAAAUUUCUUCUGAUACAAGGAGGUGCACUAAUAUUUGACAUGGAAAAGCCUUCUCUUCACUUGCAAGCAGAAAACAUACUUAUCACCGAUGGUGGAUGCCUCCAAGUAGGUACUGAAGACGACCCAUUUCCGGGCCAGGCACUUAUCACUCUGCACGGCCAUGUUCGUUCAAGAGAGAUGCCUGUGUUUGGCACCAAGACCAUUGCGCUACGCGAAGGAAAGCUUGAUCUUCAUGGGCUACAUGUCCCGAUCACGUGGACACAUCUAAGCUCCACGGCGGAGGUUGGCGCAACCCGACUUCAUCUUGUCAAACAGGUAACAUGGAAACCAGGUGAUCAGAUCAUUCUAGCACCAACUGGAAAAUCGCAGCGCGAGUUUGAAGAGCUUACCAUCACAGCCGUUCUCAACGAUAACUACACCUUGGAAGUUUCGCCACCGCUGAAGUACAAACACAUUUCUAUCGUCCAGACGUUCGAUAAUAUUCAUGUAGUGGAGACGCGUGCAGAGGUGGGUUUACUGACGCGAAACGUGAGGGUUCGAGGCUCAGUACACUCCGCAUGGACAGAACAAAUCGAAGCUUGCGAAGACGAAUUUAGACCAGGACAGUUUCAGACCCAGACAUGCUUCCAAGGAAAAUUUGGCGAAGAAGUUGGAAGCGAUGAAUUUGGUGUACAGAUCAUGAUUCAUGCUCCAGAGGAAAGUAAGAACUUGGUGACAGCCAGGUUUAGUUACGCAGAAAUCUCACAUGCAGGACAAGCAUUCCGUCUUGGUCGCUAUCCGAUACAUUUUCAUCUCAGUGGCGACGUCUCAGGUUCAUAUGUUCGCGGCUGCGCAAUACAUCACAGCUUCAACCGUGCCAUUACAAUGCAUGGCAUUCACAACCUUCAUGUUAGCCAUAAUGUUGUAUUUAAUGUCCGCGGGAAUUGCUUCUUCAUGGAAGACGGCAUAGAAACUGGUAACGUGGUCGAAUACAAUUUGGGUAUAUUUGUUAUUGCCUCCACAUCUGCUUUGAAUGUCGACAUAACUCCAGCAACUUACUGGGUAACGAAUGCCAACAACACCGUUCGUCAUAAUGCAGCCGCAGGAGGAAGCCAUUUUGGUUUUUGGUAUCAGAUGUUUGAGCAUCCAGACGGCCCGUCUUUUAGACCAGAUUACUGUCCGAGAAAUGUCUUCAUGCUCGAGUUUUUUAACAACUCUGCUCAUUCGUUUGGACGCUAUGGGUUGUGGAUUUUUCCGGUUUAUCAUCCCAUGGAAGGAGGAGGCUGUAAAUCAAUUAUUGUCAAGCCUGCUGUGUUUGGCUCUUUUAUAGCCUACAACAACAUGCGUGGAGCAGAAGCCGUCAAAGUAGGAGCCGUUCAAAUGCACGAUUUUAAAAUGCUCGAUAAUGAUAUCGCUGGUAUUGAAUACGUAUUCGUCGAUGUCGCCGAUGCUCCGAGAGGGGGUCCCAAGAUUAAAAAUGCACUUAUCGUCGGUCAUAGCCAAGUGAGUGAAGGACUGGAAUUAAAAAUACGCAGCAACACACAUUGUACAACGUCAGGCUUAAAAUUACCACAGUUCUCCAAACUUGUUGUUGAUAACGUCACCUUCGUGAACUUCGACCGAGAAGGCUGUACUUGUUACAGCCUUUGCGCUCAGUGUGAAGAAUUUAAGAGGAAAGGCGGAUGGAGUACAUACGCGAUGAAAAAUCGUUUUGUGAACUCCCCACGCCGAAGUUCUUUCCGCUGGAGUCAUGAAUCGGUCAUAGUCGAUGUAGAUGGCACUCUGACUGGUUAUCCAAACGGAAGCGUCGUGCCACUAAACGCGAAUCUGCCACCAGGCCAUUGUUUCUAUUCUCCCCAGGAUAGCUACGGUCCUCACAAUGGAAGUGUCUGCGACUCUACCGUGAAAUUCAGGAGAUUUGCUUUUAAUAAGGCUGCACCAGAAUCUCUAAUGAGCAAAAACGUGUUGUUGGAAAACAGACAUGGGAUGGACGUGGUGCCUUUCUGUAUUAAGUGCACGACACAUCCUCAAGGCUGGGUCACGCUUUUGAUACUUGGCGAAGAAUACAACAUCACUUUUGAGAACGCUUGGCAGAUAACAAACAUCACCUACAGCGGUAUGUUCUACGAUAUGGAAGAAAAUGACAAUAUUUGGAUAAAGCACCGGUUGGUGCAAACGCCUGAUCAUUUCACUACUACUGGAGUUCAUCAAAACAAAACAGACAUCACUCCGCCGGCGAACUCUCAACACGGGAGCUGGAGCUUUGUAAACGAGACCAAGGUGUUCACAUACAUUGCGUCAGGUAAGAAUAGUUCUCGUACACCAAAUGGCAACAUACUGCCCCGAGAUAUCACUGUGCGAGUUUAUCGUUGUUUUUAUGAGGAAUGUAUAGUACCGGUACCACCCCCUCCCCCUAAAGGAAGACCUGAAGAAGUCCGGCUUUGGUCCAAUGUAGAUGACUGGGAGGGCACUGAACCCAUGUAUGGCGGUUAUGGACGAAGGCUGCCGACCAACGGGAGUGACGUUAUGAUACAGUCUGACUGGUAUAUGGUGGCAGACAUAGAAUUGCCAUAUCUGAACCAACUGCUGAUAUAUGGAACACUUGAGAUAGAUGACAGACCUGGUAUGGUCCUAAAUGCGUCUAUUAUCUUUGUUACCGGAGGAUUGAUCGUAGGAUGGCCGGACCAGCCCUUUCUGUCGAAUUUCAUGAUCAGCCUCCAAGGCAACGUGUACAGUGAGGACCUUCCUUUGCGGGAUGUUAAUGUUGGAAGCAAGGCCCUUGCCGUAUUUGGAUUCUUGUGGAUGCACGGGCGGCCAAAAAGAGUGUAUUGGACUGAUUUGGCGGUUACUGCUGAAGCUGGAGAUCGUUCGGUGAUACUAUCCGAGUCCGUCGACUGGAUUGUUGGCGAUGAAAUUGUUAUUACCUCAACUACAGUUGAGCCACAGCAAACAGAGAAGUUCAUUAUAAAAGCCAUCUCACAGAACGGCAGAAAUUUGACUCUGGACAAAGCUCUCCAGUAUAAACACAUUGCCGAGACCCACACGGCGGGUAACUGGACUUAUACCUUAGCAGCAGAAGUGGGACUACUGACCAGAAAUCUCUUAGUGGAGGGAGCAAACAACCCAGCUGAUGCUUGGGACCAGUCGUUUGGAUGCAGAGUUCUGAUUGGCCGAACGGCAAUUGAAGGAAUAGAUUAUCGGGGCAGUGCCAGGAUUGAAAAUGUCGAGUUUAAACGCUGUGGACAGGAAGGCUGGGUUGAUGAUUACGAUCCCAGAUUUGCUUUAGCAUUUCUCAAUACCGGCGACGUGGAAGGGAAUACCUCAUAUGUUAGUGGGAAUUCAUUUCACGAUGGUUUCAACACUGGUAUCGGUGUGUUCAGGACCAAUAACUUGACAAUUAAGGACAAUAUUGUCCACCACACAGUCGGCCCUUCGAUAAGAGUAAUCGGCAAGUUUGUCAGUUUACUACGAAAUCUGGCAGUUUAUUCUCUCUCAAUACACACGUACAACGGAAGAAAGGAUAAAUCAAACCUGCAAUGGCCAGGAGCAAUAGAGGUAGACCAAGCCAAAGACGUCAUCUUGAUCAACAACACAGUGGCUGGGAGUGAACGGUUUGGAUUUAAAAUUAGUGGUGAGAAGUGUUCGGAUGGUCCAGGAAUAUCUGUGGGGAACGAAGUACACGGUGCCUGGCAUGGAAUGCAUUUGCCUUACGAAAUAGAAAUUGAGGGGUGUUCCAUGCUUUCUGGUUACAUGACUUGGAGAAAUUUCGACUAUGGUAUCUUCCUUUACGGUGAGCCCAGUGUUAUAAUAGACAACGUCAUUUCCGUGGAGAACACGGUGGGUAUGUUUCCUAAUGUGUGGGGUCCGCAUGCUCUGUCGCACCCGACUGCUGAUAAGUACGUUAUUGUGAGGAACACACUCAUCGUGGGCACGAGUCCUGGUUACGACUGUGCGCAUGACAGCAUCGUACCAUACGCCAGGCAACCAUAUGGCGGGAUUGGAGCUAAAAAGGCACCAGGAGGCGGAAAAAUUGGAAUAACUACGUCGCAAUUUAGUUCAGCCCCUGCACGUGGACCGAUUAUGACGUGGGAAAGCCCUCAUGAUUAUUCAGCCGUCAAUGGCUAUACUCUGUAUCACGAGGUGACCUUCUUCGGUUUUCAAGAGACUUGCGGGAAGAGACAUCGAGCGAUCAUGUCAAACGAGUGGGCUGGAGACAUUAUACAUCCCAUGGAUGUGCGAGGAUUACAUUUUAUAUCAGUUGACGAAGAAUCCAAGCUGCUACUAAACGAGCCAACACUUCGGUGGGUCAACCCAUCCGAUUGCGUGGAUAUGGACUGUGACGCCAGGAGGCAAAUCCUUAUCCGAGAUCUUGAUGGUUCUUUCACAGGCGCUGUUGGGGGUUCGGUAAUCUCUAAGGCCGAGUACGAAUGGGACGGAGAUAAGAGAUACGGACUAGGUGAUUACCGCGUUCCGAAACCUGCUACGACGUUGCCCGAUGGCACUAGACUUGAUAUGUCAGCCGUUGCUGCAAAUAAAGGAAUUGUUCGGGGCACACGUGAUCAUAACAUGUGCUCGUGGUAUGGUGACUGGAAUGCAUACAAGUGCAGUGACAUUGACUACAGGAUGUUAGUUAUUGAAAGUCUAGAUCCUGAUACGGAGACCAGACGAUUGUCACCAGUGGCGCUGAUCGCAAAUGGUUAUGUCAACCUUCUUAAUGGCCCUAUGGAUCACGGUUGGUGCUUGGGAUACACUUGCCAAGAAAGGAUUUCGACAUUUUACGGGAUAGUGGCGACUGGAACAAAUUACUCUCUGUACUUUACCAGUAAUGAGCCCCAGAAACUCAGGCUUCACCUUUUAAACAGUGAUUCCUCAGCUGCAGUCCGUGUUGGUAUAUUCUAUCAGAGACCUCAGAGACAGGAUGUGUACAGGGAAGGAAGAUUUAUAAAUCCAACAAACGCAAGGCUCCAAGGAUCAGAAUUCACUUUAAUUGACAAGCCCGCAAAUGCUCCUAAUGACUACUUUGAACCACCGCUGACCAGUAUUAGUGGUGCUAACUAUUAUGAUCGUGAACUUGCCACUUUAUUUGUCGUUUUGCGCGGUUCCGAACCGGUGGACAUCAAUGUUAUGCCUGUCGUCAAGGUACAAAUUGGAAUGAAGGCUGUCUCCAUUGAUGACUUUUUCAAAGUGAACUUGGUGAAUAACCUAGCUGAUCUGUUGGGUAUUGACAAAUCUCUCAUACGAGUGGUGAACAUUGUAAGCGCUGACGGCAACAGUCGGCGACGACGGCGAUCCGCUGGUGACAUUUCCGUGGAAAUUGAGAUCGCCGAUCCUCCUACGGCUUCAAAUACUUCAUCCUCAUCAAACUACACGGGAAUUAACAAGACUACAUCCUAUGAUGAGCUUAAAGAGAUUGGAGACUCAGUAGUGGAGAACGUACAGACUGGGCAGCUUGCACGGCAACUGAACACUGAAAUCGUGUCGCUGGAUAUAACAGAUCCAGUCCCUGAGCCUGUUGACCCGACCGGAGGCGUUCGUGCUACCAAUGAGACUUAUCAACAAAAUAUAACGGGAAACUCCACACUUCGGUAUGACGAGGUCCAAGCUGAGAAGGAGGCAGAAGAAGCAAGUAACGUGUUUAGCUUCCUUAUUCCUUCUAGAUUAGAGGUAAUGACUGAGCCAAGCGGUGGGAACGAGACUGUACCGUUCACUUCACAGCCCAAACUCAAACUUGUCGACGUUGAUGGAAAGUUAGUGACAACCUUAGGGCAUGGUUCCCUAAGCAACUGGACUGUCAUGGCAACCAUACAGAAUGGCACCGGAGACUCCAUGGCGGUGUUAGAUGGAAAUGUGACUGUGACACUAGUUAAUGGAUGGGCGAAUUUUACCGAUUUAAGUAUCACUCACAACGGUUCUGACUACAAAUUAUUCUUCUAUGUCAACAAACCAGCAGCCUCUCACUUCAACGCUACCUCCCAGUCGUUUGAAGUCAAGGAGAGAAUCCUGUACUUUACUAUAACCACUCAACCCGACGACGCGAACGAAACAGUCAGUUUCGGACAACAACCCAGAAUUGAAGUUCGAGAUUCAGCAAACGAUAAAAUUGUGGACAACACAGGCUGGAAACGACGUCGUUGGUUGUUCACUGCCUCACUGGCUAAUCCAACAGAUAAUGAUGGGCAUCUAAAUGGUACAACUGAAGUAGAGUUUGUCCAGGGUGUAGCUUUGUUUUCAAACCUCAGCAUCGACCUCUCUGGAGAAAACUACAUCCUAGCACUUAAGGCCAAAACUGAUCCAGCCUCAAGCUAUACCUUUUCUGGUAAUUCCUCGGCAUUUAAUGUGUCUGAAAGAGUGCUUUAUCUCAAACUGGUCCAACAACCUAGUGACUGUAAUGACACAGUGAUCUGUGGCAGUCAGCCGAUUAUAGAGAUAAGGAAUGCGUUUCCAGACUCGCUGGUGGAUAACAUCGGUUGGAGAGGGAGAACUUGGUCGAUAAAUGCCACAAUGGUCGGUGCUGAUAACUCUGUGGUCAACGGUACCACAUUAUUUCCAGUUGAAACCACAGGGCGCGUAGAGUUUCAAGAUUUGAGUUUCUUCGACACAGCUCAAGAAAGUCAAAUGAAAUUCUCUGUCAUCACAGAACCAGCCUCAUCUUACUCAGGCCUGUCCGUAACCUCACAAACUUUCAACGUAAGCGCGCGGAAAUUCUACUUAGAAGUCAUCACACAGCCCGACAAAGCUAACCAAUCAGAAAUCUUUGGAGUUCCCCCAGUGGUGGAAGUACGCGACCUUGGAACACGCGCGCGUGGACACCCGCUGAAAGGUGACUGGUCCAUUUCUGCGUCACUCAAACCAUCGGCUUCGAAUGGAACAUUAAGUGGAGUAGUAAACGUUACAGUGGAAAAAGAAAGAGCAGAGUUUAACAAUUUGUCUGUUUCUUUAUAUGGCAUUGGAUAUAAGCUAAUAUUCGAGUCCAACCAAGGCCAUAUGGUUCUCUCACAGCCCUUCGAAGUUCUUUAUGUCAACGACUAUUCACCCGUAUUUGACCCCGCUAGCGGUUCUUACGAUGCAUCUAUCUCAGAGGACGUUUCUAUUGGCACCACCGUUACCACGGUUACCGCAACUGAUCAAGAUUCUGGUUCUCAAGGAGAUGUUUCGUUCUCUUUGGUGGCCGGGAACACUGGGAACAAAUUUUCCAUUAACAGCACGACGGGAGUUAUCACAACUAUCGGAGAGCUUGACCGCGAAACUACUACCGUUUUUACGCUCACUGUGCGAGCUUCCGACGGUGCCGUUCCUGAGAAGGUGCGGUCCACAGACGGACAGGUAGUAGUUACCGUCUCUGACAUCAAUGACAAUGCUCCCUCAUUCAACAACCCAUCAGUUACCUCUUCUAUCCAAGAGAAUGCAGCUAUCGGUGACGUCGUGAUCACACUCAAUGCUAACGAUCCUGAUGAAGGCUUAAACAGUAAAGUCCUUUAUUCCAUAAUAGACGGGAAUGAAGCAGGAAUAUUCACCAUCAACAGCACUUCAGGAGAGGUGAAAGUAAAUGCUUCGGUGGACUUGGAUCAAGAACCGACUCCUGAUUUCAAUCAUUCUUUAGUUGUUCUUGCUCAAGACAUGGGAACGCCAAGUAUGAACACAAACGUCACACUCAAUAUCAGCAUCACGCCUGUUAAUGAGUUCACGCCACAGCUUCAACAUAACUCCUCGUUUAACUUCAGUUUUGCCGAAAAUGUGCCUGUUGGGGAUGGAGUUUUUGUGUUUGAUGUUAACGCUACAGAUCAGGACUAUGGGGAGCAGGGACGGGUGACUUUUGCCUUUAGCUCAGGUAACGACGAAGGGAAGUUUUCCCUCAAUGCAUCAACUGGAGAACUGACGCUUGCAUCCUCACUCGAUUACGAAACGUCCCCAUCUUACACUCUGAGAAUCCACGCGCGUGAUAACGACCAAGCGGGAAACGUGAAGUAUGCGUUUUUUACCGUGUACGUGAGUGUGUUGGACUUGAACGAUAACGCACCCACAUUUUCUCAGUCUCGGUAUGAAGUGAAUGUUGACGAGGACACAGCUGUUGGAUUAGAAGUUUUUACAUUCCUUGCUUCGGAUCCCGAUGGUGGUUUGAAUGGUCUUGUGUCGUAUUCAAUCUUACUCAGGAACUCAUCAGAGUUUAGCGAUGGGUUAUGGAGUUUAAACUCUUCCACUGGAAAGCUCACAUUAAACGCCUCACUCGAUAUGGAUAACAGGAAGUUUUCAACGUGGACGCACACUCUGGUUGUUAGAGCACAGGAUGCUGGGACGCCGUUGCUAUCCUCAAACACUACACUCAUCAUACACGUGAUUCUCAAGAACGAAUUCGCGCCAAGUUUUGUAUCUUCUGAUGUGUCAAUCAUAGUUGAUGAGGACAUUGCAAAAGGAAGCGUUAUUUACGAUGCAAAUGCUACCGAUGCGGAUUUUGGCGCAGACGGAGAAAUAGUUUACAGUAUUACUGACGGCAACAACGAUCUAAGAUUCAUGAUAGAUGCUGCAAGUGGUAUCAUAACCAACGAUGCCGCCUUAGAUCGAGAGGUUCAGCCUACAUAUGAUCUUGUUGUUACAGCGAGAGACCAAGCAACAAGCAGCCGCAAAUCUGGAACGACCACUGUUCACAUUAGCUUGAAGGAUGUUAAUGACAACACUCCUACCUUCGUUAAAAACUUUUACUCUAAGCUUGUCGACGAGACUGUUACCACUGGGGGGGAAAUCAUCACAGUUGAGGCAAAUGAUCCUGAUUCAGGAUCCAAUAGUGACCUCACCUAUUCUAUUACGAGCGGCAACGACCGAGGAUUCUUCAGCAUCGAGUCCAAACAAGGCAUCGUCCGAGCCGCCAAGGACCUAGAUCUAGAGACUCAAAACCAUACCGCAGACCGAACCUAUCAACUGGUUAUAUUUGUUGAGGACGGAGGAACACCUGUCCCACGUAACAGCUCAGUAUCUUUGAUCAUCACUGUACAGAACGUGAAUGACUUCACACCGGUCCUGGAGCAUGCUGAUAACCAAAUAGUAGAUCUAAGCGAAAACACCAGCAUAGCUUUGGUUAUCUUUGAUGUGAAUGCAACUGACGGUGAUUACGGUGAAGAUGGUGUUCUGACUUACUCCUUGACUGCUGGUAACAGUUUUGGAACAUUCGAUAUUGACAACGUCACCGGUGUCAUCACGUUAGCAAAAGAGUUGGAUUUUGAAACAGUUAGUGAGCACAACUUGGAAGUCACUGUGAGUGACAGCAGUCUAGACCCUGGGAAAAGGAAGAAAAUCACUGCCCACGUGAGGGUGCGAGUCAUUAACAUCGAUGACAGCGGGAUGUACACUGCUAAAGCUCGAAUGAUACAUGCAUUUAUCGCCUCUCCAUUGAAUCCCGCUGGUUUGGCUGGCGUUCCCUACAGAUCUGCCUUUGAGGUGCUUUUAGCAUUUGAGAAUGGAACAGAGAUAGACAUCACUUCAGAAGGGGACCGUUAUACGGUUGACGACUCUUCGAAAUCCAAUGGUCUCUUCAGCGCUACUACUAAUGGCGGACUUUUCAUCGUCGCAAACGACCGAAGUUUGUUCGGAACAGGCAAACUAAUCGUACAUGUCACGAAUGUCAAUUCUGUUGAAGUCAAUGUUACUGUGGUGGGCAGUAAUAACCUUACUGUCAGUGCUGUGCCUUAUCCUGAAACUCCCGGCGCAUCAAAGGUCACAGAACUAAAACAGGUUAUCUCCGGACAUUAUCAGCGGGUGUUACUCAAAGUUCUUGUCGCCUUGACAAAUGGACAAGUCGUUGAUGUUUCUAGUAAUCAUAACACUACUUUUACGUUUAAAAACGCUCAGCAAAUAGGAGGUAAAUAUGAAUUUGGACCCUCUCCGAACAAUUUGUUUUCGAUCGAAGGAAAUGGUUUGAGCGGAGAAGUCUUGUUGCAAGCAGAGUUCGCGCGCAGUCAUGCUGCAGUUCUUAACUUGCCCUUGUCUUCGAAGGUCUUUAAGCCGGUAAACAUCGUCCGGUUUGGCUUGGAAAAUGUUAAUAUGACUCUUAGUGGUUUUUCUAUAGAAAAAACUACCUCGGCGUUUGCUGAAUUGUUAAUGGAUGAUGGAUCGAGCUAUUUAAUCAACAACUUCACAAGUUACAGUGGCUUGCUAUCGUUUUCCUCAAGCAACCCUGGUUCAGCAAAAAUCGAUGCACUAUCUGGCGUGGUGACCUUGGUCGCAGACAGCAGUAGUCGUGUCACUAUUACGGCCAGCCUCAUUGUAAAUGCGAGUGUCACAGCAGAAUUUGCCUUUUAUUGCAACCUGGAGCCAAAGGUCGGUGAAGUUGAUAUCGGAGAGAGGGAGGGCCCACCCAUCCCGAUGCUUGAUAAAGACGACACAUGGAAAAUGCCCAUCAGAGUAAACCCUGGCUCUAUGGGAAUCUUGGCAGUACAGGUAGAGAUUCAGUUCGACUCGGAUGACUUACAGCUUGAAAGAGCUUUCACUUCUUUACCGUAUGAUGUGGCUGGAAACGUGGUGACCAUAUUUGGACCAGUAGCAGCAUCAGAAGCUUUCUCGGAAAGUGUUGGCGAGCUUUCCUUCACUUCCAAGAAAAAGGGGGUCCCUGAGGUUAUGGUUCAAGCUUUCAGAACAGUCAAUAAGGAACUUUCGGCGGUGCCAAGUAAAAACGUGACAGUGUCUUCUUGUUCGAAUAAGAUAUCGGGUGACGUAGAUGUGGACUGUACGUUUGACAUUGUUGACGUCGCUUUCAUCAGUGCCUACAUCACUGCCUCUUCGAAAUCUCGGUUCACUGACGAGAUGAGGAAACGUAUGGAUGUUGACUGGAACGAAGUCAUCGAGGUUAACGACGCGAUUUUCUUGUCGCUAAUUUAUCUGAAAAGCGCCAAAUUUGUGACUGAGCUGACAUACCAAGUACCUGACCACAACAGGGAGUCUUCUGAUCGAUGUGGCUUAGAAUUCUCUCUGAAGCUAGCUAACAAGGAUGGAUCACCAGUUACAAACAUGCAAACGGAAGUAUAUUUUGUCUUCUCGCAUCAGGGUGCAGACGUUGGUGCGCAACUUGCACGUACAACUUUUUCCUCAGGAACUCCGCAAGCUUUAGACGGUGCUUCGUCCGUAGUUGGCUUAAUAAAAGCUAGUUUUGCCAACGAGAAGUUUAUUAUUGCAACUGCCAACUCCGAACUGGAGGCUACCGACGUGGGUGUGACUAUCCUGCAAGAGACACCUAUCGACGGAACAAAACAUGUCGUUGCGAUGUUCUCCUCCUCUAAUCCUGUCUCCAAAUUGGAUGCCAUUACCUGGGCUGAAAAUCAGGCGAUCUUUGCACCACAACGUAAAUUGCAACUAUCCGAGUCAACUAAAACUUGCAAUGAAAACGAUGACGAUCCGCUCGUUACGGUAACUGUGGAACUUACCUUCGACGGUGAUUACGAUCAGGUAAUCGGAAGCAAGGAGGAGCAGUUUCAAGCUUACUGCGAGAACCAGCUAUCUAAGAUCUACCCCGAUGCGACUUUCUCUGACUGCCGUGUCCGAAAGGGUAGCAUCAUAGCCACGUUUAACAUGACUUUGCGCAAAUCGAAGAAACAAGCGACGAUAGACAACCUUUGGGACGACGUGAAAGAGGGGCUGAAAUUCGAAUUUAAUGGUGCAACUCUUACAACACGACCGAUCAUGAGGGUGGAUGAUGAACAAAUGAAAGUAGUGGAUACUCCUAAAGACGAAGACGGCAUGGCGUUAUAUAUCAUCAUUAUUGCUUGUGUUGCAGGGUUUUUAGUAAUUUUCAUAGUUGUCAUAGUAAUUUACUGUCGGUGCCGGAAAGGUAGAGCGAUCAAAGUUAAUCCAACGCCACCAGAAACUCCGGACAUAUUCAUCGACAGUGGAAAAGAUUCUGAAGAAAAAGAAUCUAAAGCUUUUGGAGUGGAAGCCAAGUAUCUUAAACCCAGUGGUAGUGCGACCUGGUCUGUGCACAGCUCUACAGAGUCGACACGAAGCGAUGAUAAAAGAAAAUGUAUGCCUCCAGUUGCUUUUGCAGAAACUAUAGAACCAGCUUUUGAAGAGGUAGAAGAACCACUGCCAAGUUCUGAGAGUCCAAAGCUGACAUUGAAAGAUGACGCUGAUCGUCCAAAACCAAUUCUUGCAUUUUCUGCCGUCCCGUCCAAACAAGGAACACCCAGAACUACUCCAAAUAUUAGCAGGAAAUCUUCACCGGUCCACAGUUCCAAAGGCAGUCUUCGGACGAGUGAGGAUACGGACACUUCUCCAGUUCCUCCCACUUCUCCUGAACUUUCGUCAUCAACUACAAGCUCUCGGACUGAACUCCAAUCCCCUGUUAAAUCGUUGCCAGCUUUGGAAGAAACUGUGGUCAUGGGGGAUGUACUUGAUGACGAUGAUGAUGAUGACUUUGAUGAGAGUUUGAGAAAAGAGGCAUUCCUACGUAGGCGAACGUCAUCCUUCGGGGACAACAUUGACCUGCUCAAUAUGCCGGGUUUCCUGGUGGUCACAAACCAAGUGGUAAAGCGACGCAAAAUGCAAAUAAAGGUGAUUCGACCCAACGCAGAGAUGGGGAUCCUGGCGCACGUGGCAGGGAUAGUGAAUGCCAAGAAAGGAGGAACAUUGGCAGAAUUAAGGGAGGAUAUCAAUCACUCGUUGCCAGGUUACCUUGGCUCAGUGAGAUAUCUGUUUAUUUCGCGAAAAAUGAAAAUCAUUGACCCUCGAACAGAGACACAGCUGGUGCUGUCCGCGCUUUAUAAGAAGACUGUGUAUGUCAAAGUGUUCCACGGCGCAGAGAGCUGCGAGUAUUUCUGCUUGUGCGGUAAACCAGCUCAAGUGUGGUGCAAAAAGUGUAACACACAGGGGUACUGUGGGGAUGUUUGUAAGGAGCAGGAUGAAGAACAGCACUCUUCGAUUUGUACCAAGAGCAAGGCCAGGGCCAUGGAAAAUGCGAGGACAAGAAGAGUGUCUAAGAUUUCAAAGAAGUGAUAAUCUUCUAAUGCAGUGUUUUAAUCUCGUGUGAUAUAUCUCACCUCAAGGUCUAAAACAAAGCGAGAACGUUUACAGGUAAAUAUGUCACACGAUGUAGAAGCGAAAAAAAAACACGUUUUGAGAAAAUUUCUGUUACAAAUAUUUGGCUUUUUUUAAUAAUUUCUUUCAUACGUUUUUUUUAAUUUUUUAUGAGCAUCCAUUGCCUAUAAGGUACAAUUAAGAGAGAAUCCUCUCUUGGUUUAGCUCCAUUUUCGGUGAAACAUUUUUAAUUUUUGAUUUCUACUCAGUUUUAAACCGUUUUUGUAUCAGUUUUUUUUACCCUCAUGCAUUUCUCAGAUACUACAACUUGAUGACCAGAAUAUCGUGUCUUAUAAAUAUUGGAAUAUUCAAAUAAGCAAAGGGGCCUCUUCUGUCGCUUAAAUGAGAUAUUCCGAACACACUCACAGUAAAGUACUUCCGUUCAAGUUACGCGAAAGCACUUAUAACCACAUUUAUAAUAAUGCAUAUCUUGCACGACACAUUAAAUAUACAACUUACACGGAAUAGUUUUAAAAGCUUAGAGCUGAUGAAAAAUAGGAGACAGUCAUACUUUUGGUUUAUAUGACUUUUUCAGAACUGUAUACUGAGGAGAUUUUUCAAAUAUAUAUGUUAAUAAAUGAAGGUUGUGUCUGUG